AUGCUGCUGGCGGCAACGAGCGUCGACAAUGACACCCGCGGGUGGAUUCUGGCCGUGGCGAGCGGCGUUGCCUGCGUCGUGGGCGCGUCCAUCAUCUGCAUCGACCUCUUCUCUUCACUCUACAGCAUGCUCCCCGAGUCUAAAGACUACUUUGAGCAGGAGGGCUGGUCUGACCAAGCUGCUGGCCUGGUCAUGAUGCUCUGCUUCGCCUUGGGAUUCUUCGGCAUCCAGGCUGUUUCGCGAAUUCUCCACCAAUUUAUGCCUUCCCACGUCGUUGACUGCGAUCAUAGCCAUGGCGGUAGAGCGUCUCAGGACGGUCAUUCCCACCCUCUCGACCGAGCGCAUUCACGACCGAGCCGCGCCAGACGGCGACUUUCCCGACCCCCUGACAACAAGAUAUCAGAUAUUACGGAGGGCAGUGAGGCCCAACCCCUCAUGAGCGAGUCGACCCCGUUGCUCAACUCGGAGCGGACUCGCCCCAACCCCUUCUUACCUGUCCGCGAUUCGAUAAGAGACGGCAGCUCCCUGUCACCUACCCGCAGUCGUGCUACCACCGGCGCCGAUGCCGUCAAUUCCAGCAGACGCUCUUCCGCGUUCGAGGUCCCCAGGCGGGUCAUGUCCUUUGUCAAGGACAUGAAGCGCGAUUGCAGCGAGUCCGGACCUUGCUACGGAUAUUCUGAUCCUUGCGGCCAAGAGUGCUUCAAGCACCUCAGCAACCGCGCAGCAAGUGUGCGCCAACCCUCGUCCGUACGCUCCAUCACGGGACACUUUCAAGCCCACCACUCGUUCCACGCCACUCAUGAUCCCGCGAAUGGGGAUCCCAACGACGUACCCAUCAGCCCAAGCCGGUUGGCCUCUCGUGACUCUACAACUCUCACGGACGAAGACUCCAGUACUAGCGACAACGCCUAUCCCUGUUCGCAGAUGGACGAGGGCGACGCCGAAGCCCAGCAUCACCAUCAUGUUCCGACCAAUGCCUUCCUUUCCAUAGGUCUGCAAACGUCCAUCGCCAUUGCCCUCCACAAGUUUCCGGAAGGCUUCAUCACCUAUGCCACGAACCACGCCAACCCCGCGCUCGGGUUCAACGUCUUCAUGGCCUUGUUCGUUCACAACAUUUCCGAAGGCUUUGCCAUGGCCCUUCCUCUGUACAUGGCCCUUGGAUCCCGCUGGCGGGCCAUGGCCUGGUCGGCUGUCCUGGGCGGCUUGUCGCAACCGUUUGGCGCAGGCAUUGCGGCUCUGUGGUUCAAGCUUGCCAACAAGACGAACACGGCGCCGAGCGCAGUUGCGUAUGCGUGCCUGUUUGCGCUGACAGCGGGCAUCAUGGUCAGUGUCGGGCUGCAGCUGUUUGUGGAGAGCUUGAGCUUCAAUCAUAACCAGAACCUUUGUGUAUUUUUUGCUUUCUUGGGCAUGUGUUUGCUCGGUUUCAGCAACGCUCUGGUGGCGGAACCCUAA